AUGUCGGUGCAGCUGGAGGGCCAGGGGGACGACAGCGCCGCAAGCGGUGCGGCGGCACAAGGUUCUGCCGAAGUGGAGCAGCAGGCGGAGCUGCGGGCGUCGACACGGGAUGGCUGGGGAAGGAACGCAGCAUUUGGGAGCGCAGCUGCAGAGUGUAGGAGGAUCGCUGACCUGAAGUACAACUACUACGCAAUACUGAAGGUGGCAAGGGACACACCUCACACAGAGGUUCGGCACAACUGGUCGCGGCUGAGGAAGAUUGUUGCAGCAGACGAUGCUGCCCAUCUCCCUCUGGCCAAGCCUGCCAGUGCCCUCUGCGAUGCAGCGUUUGCAGUCCUCAAGGACCCUGUGAGAAAAGCCCUGUAUGAUCAAUGCGCAUGCCGGACCGCUGCCCUCGAAGGCACGGCCAUUGAGGAUCGGGAUCGAUCCCCAGAAAACUCUGAUCAGGCAGUUCCCAAAUUAGUCCACAGAGUGUUGAACUGUCCAGGUGGUGCUCUUGUCACAUGCUGCAUCUUCGUUCCUGGACUCGUUAUCUCAAUAUUGGUCACCGGCCUGAUGUGGAUCUUGGUGAUGCCGUUUCGGCUCGCGUGGAGGUGCACGAGGGGUUGCCUAGGGCUGUUGGAUACCAACAGGGUUGGCAGAAAGAAGGGUAUGGAGGGGGAGGGUAGAAGAAAGGGGCAGGAAGGGGGGUGCUUGAGGGCACCCAGGUUGGACAUCUCUGUGGUUGGGGUGGCACAUGGGGAUGAGCGUGGGAGGAUGCUAAAGAGGACGGAUGGGAUUUGGAGCCGCAUAGGAGAGGUGGAAGCUCAUGCAAACGGCGAGCCGGGGUGA